AUGGAAGCUCAGUAUGGGUGGGAUCACUCAGUUCACAAAAGGAAAAGGCUCCCCCCGGUGAAAAGGUCUCUGGUGUACUACCUGAAAGGCAGAGAGGUCAGGAUGCAGAACGAGUCCAGCUAUCACCGCUUGUUGCACGGAUAUGCAGCCCAGCAGCUUCCCAGCCUCCUGAAGGAGAGAGAAUUUCACCUCGGAACCCUUAAUAAAGUGUUUGCCUCCCAGUGGCUGAACCACCGACAAGUGGUGUGUGGGACAAAAUGCAACACAUUAUUUGUAGUAGAUGUCCAGACUGGUCAAAUUACCAAGAUUCCUAUUCUGAAAGAUCGUGAACCCGGCAUGGUCAACCAGCAGGGAUGUGGUAUUCAUGCCAUUGAGCUCAACCCCUCGAGGACCCUUCUGGCCACAGGUGGAGACAACCCCAACAGUCUUGCAAUUUACCGCCUGCCUACACUCGAUCCUGUCUGUGUGGGAGAUGAUGGACAUAAGGAUUGGAUAUUUUCAAUUGCGUGGAUCAGUGAUACUAUGGCUGUUUCUGGUUCCCGGGAUGGUUCGAUGGGUCUCUGGGAAGUCACAGAGGAUGUGUUGUCCAAAAGCGAUGCCAGGCAUAAUCUCUCUCAAGUUCCUGUCUAUGCCCACAUAACACACAGGGCUCUGAAGGAUAUCCCCAAAGAGAACACCAAUCCUGACAACUGCAAAGUCCGAGCAUUGGCUUUCAACAAUAAGAACAAGGAGUUGGGAGCUGUGUCUCUAGAUGGGUAUUUUCAUCUUUGGAAAGCAGAGCACACGCUAUCGAAGUUACUUUCCACAAAAUUGCCAUACUGCAGGGAGAACGUGUGUUUGGCUUAUGGUCAGGAGUGGUCAGUGUAUGCAGUAGGAUCACAGGCACAUGUCUCCUUUCUGGAUCCCAGGCAGCCUUCUCACAAUGUUAAAUCCGUCUGUUCCAAAGAACGAGGCAGUGGUAUUCGAUCGGUGAGCUUCUACGAGCACAUCAUCACAGUGGGAACGGGGCAAGGUUCCUUAUUGUUUUACGAUAUCAGAGCCCAGAGGUUCCUGGAUGAAAAGCCCCCACGUGCCUGCUAUGGACAGAAGCAGAAAUUAGGAGGAAGUGAAAUUUUGAAGUUGACUACUGGGAAAGGCUGGCUGAAUCAUGAUGAAACGUGGAGGAAUUAUUUUUCUGACAUAAAUUUCUUCCCAAAUGCUGUUUACACCCACUGCUACGACUCGUCUGGAACGAAACUCUUUGUGGCAGGAGGCCCCCUUCCAUCAGGACUUCAUGGGAAUUACGCUGGUCUCUGGAGCUAAUGAUAACUCUUUAUAAAUGCUGAUCUUUACACAGAUUUCCACUUUUCUUUUUCUUUUUUUAACAACAGAAUUGUGUGAUGCCAUUGAUUUCUGAUUUAAAUGCAAGUUAUUUUUUGGCAGAGUUUUCUGUUGGUCUCCAACAGUUUUGUACAUCUUUUUGAACCAGUUUUUUGCUUUAACCUCCUUGAUCCUUUAUAUGAAGGGUUUUUGAAAUCCCUGUUUAUUGUAUUUACUCCAAAUGACUCUUCCCCCACAUUUAGGCUAUCUUGGCCAUUGUGCCCCCUCCCCUACUUUGCUGUGAGGUAGGAUUCCUUUCUUAUAGAGUGGUUGCUUCUGGGCUUUCUGUGAAAGUCUAGGGGCUGCGUGUGUGCAGGUACUUUGUGUCAGUUACAUUACCUGGAGUGAGGACUACUUGUAAUUAAAAAAUAUUAAAAAUAUUUAUAAGAGAUAAGCUACUACUUUAUCUGCAGAGCCUGGUCCUGGCCUGGGUUGAUCUUAUUUUUUAAAAGUACAAGUCUAAUGACACUGUUUAUACGUAGAGGAAUAUGUUAAUUUUAAGCUGUACUCAUUGGAGCCCAGGGACGGAUUUCCCAGGGUUGUUGCCCAUCGAGCCCAAACUGCAGACAUGCAGGAGUUCUCAAAAGUGCAUUUGUAUUUGAAUUGUAGUUUUCAGCAGUGCCAGGAGCAAAAAUUGAUCUUCUGUUCCUUCUCUGCCUGUCCCAGGUGUCAGCUUCCACAACUGGAGUUUGCGUAGGCUGUUAUUGCAAGGUGACAUUACACUGAGGGCCUGCAGAGGUGCUGAGAGGAAAUGGGGGCUAAGGACAUGAGUGUUCUUGUCAUUCAAAAUGAACUAAAUCUAUCCAUUUUCUAGAUGAGCCAAGGUUCCUGAGUAUGCCGCUGCGGCAGCUCAUGGGCUCUUCAUAAACUGCCUGAAACCCAGGACCUUUUUUGUCCCAGGUCGUGGAAACUUUUCUGUUUUAGCUGUUCUGGUUGGCCAUCUCCUCUAAUAAACCAAUUGAAUGAAUAAACUCUGUUUUUUCCUCCAAGGUUAAAGAGCGCAUCUCGGACUUAACUAAUGCAAGCUAGAAACGUUCCACAUAGCAAGAUAACUUGCUGUUAGCUCACAUUGCACUAGCAUCUGCUGUCAUCCUGCUUGCUAUAGGAGAGGCUCAGUCUUUCCCCAAAUCCCCUGCUGCCUUCUGCAUUCAGACUCCCUCAAACUUCAUGUGGGACUGGGUGGGGAGAAUAGGUCCAAUGCCCUUCAGGUCCAGUUGUGAAGCCUGUGCAUUCCAGGGCGAUGGUCUUGCCUAAUACUCAGCUAAAACGGCAGUACUCUAGGAUGCUCCUCCUCGCCUUUUGGCAGGCACCAAACUUGGCUUGUUACUGAUGCCUCUGUCCUCAGCUGGGAUGAAUGCCUUGCCCCCUGCCCCUGUCACAGGUGGAGCAGAGUGUGCCUGUACCUCACUGCUCUGGUGCCAAAUGGGCAGUUGGUUGAAGCCGAGAAGAAACACAAUGCUGGGACAUGCUCUGUUCUCCUGUCUCUGCUGGAGAUCACAGCCACCACUGCAAAGUAGCUCUAGUCCCUUACGCAGUUCCUGCCAGGCUGCCUAAAGCUAGUCUGCAUGUGUCCUUGAGGUCCCUCUUGUCUUUGUAUUCAGUAUCCUCAGCGGUGAUGCCAAGCAGUGAGCCUUAGGCUUAAUUUCCAUUAGGUGGUGGAGACUUGGAUGGAAAUCUCGCAAGGAAUGCAGUUCCCUCCCAUCCGGGUGGAAAUCCUGGGAAGAGAAGAGCUCUCCCAGAUGUGCACCUGUCCCGGAAGUAUAAUCUACUCGCACUGAGCACUGACAUGGGUGCUUCACGAACAGAUCUUCUUGCAGCGUUUCAUAAUUCUACUUUCCUUCUGGGUUGGUUGCUUAAACGGAAUCAGUUCAUAGCGCUGCGUGUGUGGCUAUUCAGGCUUUUCUCUGAAAAGGGGCAAAUUAUAUACCAUGAGGUAGCGAAGGAGCUCUCAAAUUUUAUUUAGAGUUAUUCAUUGUUUUUUAAAGAUGUUGUAAUGGUGCCUGUGUUGUAUGUUGCCAUCACAGAACUGCUUUGGUUAUUUUAGGGGUUUUGAAAAGUGGAAGUAUACAGAG